AUGCUUGAUCGCCAAGAAUUUACACUGAUUAACAGGGAGGAGCCGGCGGCACGCGCGCAGGGGUUCUACUUCUACGAUAAGCAGGAGUUGCUGACCUCCUGGUUCGGCUUUUCCAUCGUCUUCAACUCGACCGCAAACAAGGGCACGCUCAACCUCGUCGGCGCCGACUUCAUGGGCGACGCCACGCGGGACUUCUCCGUCGUCGGCGGCACCGGCGACUUCUUUGUGGCGCUCGGCAUCGCAACCAUCCGCACCGAUGCCAUCGAGGGCCUCUACUACUUCCGCCUGCAGAUGGACAUCAAGCUCUACGAGUGCUACGUCGGUACAACAUGCAUGCCCUGUGUGUGUGAACGAAAGCUCGUGUGUGAAUGA